AUGGAGAUUGCCGAGUCCAAAGCUCCUGAAGAACUAUUAAAUUUGGAAGACAUCAAGAAAAUGAAAUAUUCUUGGAAUGUGAUAUAUGAAGCACUGAGCCUAACACCACCUAGCUUGGUUAACUUUAGAGAGGCCCAGACUGAUGUCAAUUUUGCAGGUUUCACUAUUCCAAAAGGAUGGAAGGUGCUAUGGAGUCCAUUUACAACCAACAAAAAUCCCAAGUACUUUCAUGAUCCAGAAACUUUUGAUCCGACAAGAUACGAAGGUGAUGGUCCUACAGCUUGCACAUUCUUACCAUUUUCGGCAGGACCACGAAUGUGCCCAGGGAAGGAGUAUUCCAUGUUCUUGAUACUUGUAUACAUUUAUAACGUGGUGAGGAAUUUUAAGUUACAAAAAAUGAUUCAAGAUGAGAAGAUCCAAUACCGUGUUAGCGCAGUUCCAGCCAAUGGCCUCCCCAUCCGUCUACAGCCACACAACAAGUAA